AUUUUUAUUAACGCUAUAAAAAUAAUUUCUGGCGCCAGUUUUAAAUGCCUACUUUAUAUAAUGAAUGAUAUUAAGCAUUCAUAGAGCAACAAGACGUUGAAAGGAUACGUUCACUCUCUCUCACACACAUGUUCACUAUUUUUUUAUUGAAUAGAACUUUCUCCAUAUUAUCAUUACUAUUAAUAUUAUUAUUAUUAUUGGGAAUUAUUCAAAAUUUUGUUGAAGUUGAAAAUAAUAAUCAUAAUAAUAAUGAAAAUCAGAAGAAAUUCAUCAAAUCUUCGAAUAAAUUGACUGAAAAUGCCUUCGAUAAACUUUUGUAUGCAUUUGUACAGAAAUAUAAAACUACUACUGUCCAACAACAGAAAGAGACACCAGUUGAGAAAAUAGUAAAUUCUUCGAUGAAAAGUAUACAAGUUGAUGUUAACGAACAAUCAUCAUCAGCACUACGACCAGUGAAUGUUGAUGGGGAUCAGAAUGAUGGUAAUGAUGGCAGUCACAAUGCUGAUGAUGACGCUGGCGCGGAAGAAGAAGACGAUGAUGACGAUAAUUUGACUCAUGGAAAUAAUCCCCAACAUAUUAAUUAUUUUCGAUAUAAUCCUAAGUAUGAGAAUAAAACAGUAUGUAAAAGUGAAUACACUUGGAGAGAUAUUACUUUACCCUGGAGAAUUCUAAUGAAAAAUCUCAAUCCACAGUGUACACAUCUAUUAGGAAAUUUAAUUAUCUCUGGAUUAGAUCAAGAGGAUGACGUAACUCUUUUGGAAAAUAUUGAAGAAAUCUCUGGGUACUUAGUUAUUUAUGGAGUUGGUCGGAAAGAAUUACGUCUACCACAUUUAAGACUAAUUCGUGGUCUUGACUAUGUACCAUUUAAGUCACGAAAAGUCGCAUUACUUGUUGUAAGUAAUUAUAAAAGAUCAAAUGAACACUGGUCAGAAUCAAGUGAAUCGGAUUCAUCUAAAGUAACUAUGGAAACAAUUACACAAUCAUCAGAUGAAAGCAUAAAGGCAGAACAAGAAAGUCUUCAACAUUUACAAAUACUAGAAAUGACAUCAUUAAUAUCUAUUGUUCAACAUGGAAUUUACUUUUAUGAUAAUCCUGGUUUAUGUUAUACCCCGUUUACAUUGAAAUGGGAUGAAAUGGUUGAAAGUUCAGAAUUACAAACAAUCGAUCUGGUGGCAAUACAUUCAAAUGCAAAUAUCCAUCUGUGGUAUGAAUAUUGUCGAUGUAAAUAUUUAAAUUUAUGUAUUAAUAAUAAGGGAAAUAAUCAAACAACUACUGAUUCACCAUUCUCAUCCUCGCCACCAUCAUCAUCAUCAUCGUCAUCGUUAUCGCCACCUUCAUCAUUCCUGUUUAAUGCAUCUCAGACACAAUUUGAAGAAACUUUGAAUGAAUUAUCAAAGCCAACUGAUGACAGUGCUAAACACCACCACCAGCAGCAGCAGCAGCGGAAGAGACGUAUAAAGAAAAGAGAUAUUAACAUGUCGACUGAACAGCACGAAGACACUAUAAAUACAACUCAAAUGAACGACCAAAAUUCAACCAAUACCCCAUCGGAAAUACAAACUACAGAUUCACCAACUGAAACAACAUCAGAAAAUCUCUCUGAACAUCCUAAAAUGGAACAGUCAACUUUGAAUCAAUCAGAAGAAAGUAAUACUAUCCUCUAUUCAUCGGAGAGUAUUUCGACAAAUGAGGCUGAAGUACCACAGUCCAGAAAUUUCCUUGAAGGUGACAUGUUAAUGACGAAAAUAGGUGCUAAACUUGAUGACUUAUAUAGGGAUAAUAAUGACCUGACCUCUGAAGAAAUUCAUGAUGAAACAACAGAUACUGUCGUGGAGACGUCAUCAUAUGAAAGUCUUCUUUCGACCAGCAGUGACACUACGGUCACAUAUUCUGAUGAAGCACAAUCUACAACACCGACAGCAGUAGAAAAUAUGACAACCGAAUACAGUACGGUACAUCUUAUAAAUCACACUACCACAGGUCAGUCAUACAGUUAUGAAAAUGAUACCUUCAGUACAACAGCCUCAACGACAACAAUGACAAUUACAGAACAAAAAACAACUGCAACAACCAUGGAUGCAUUGAUUAUGCCAGAGAAUUCAAGUAUUCAAGCUAAUACUACUACUACUACUACAAGGAAUCCGAAUGAGACAAGUAUAAUUUAUCCAACGGUUGAACCACCAAAUUUACCAUGUCAUCUAGUUUGUCCAGCUAUUCAAGGCAAACGUUAUUGUUGGGGUCCAGGACCUGAUCAGUGUCAAGCAGUUCAUAAAUGUCAAGUUCAUCUAUGUGAAGGAUCGAAUUGGUGUUUUCGUGCAAGAUCUUAUACAUAUAACAAAGAAACUUCAACUCAUCAUUCACGUCGAAUUCAUUCAGGUACAAAUUAUGGUUAUGCAAGAGAACAAUGCUGUCAUUCUGAAUGUGCUGCUGGUUGUCAUGGUCCAAGAGCUCAAGACUGUAAUGCAUGCUUACGUCAAUCAAAUCGUGGCAUCUGUACAAAUUCAUGUCCAGCCUCUAAAGUAUAUAAUAAGUCAACGUAUACUUGGAAAGAAAAUCCUGAUGGACUGUUAACAUUAGGAUCAAUCUGUGUAAAAUCCUGUCCAAAAGCUUAUUUACGUGAUGGUGAUCAUUGUGUAACAAAAUGUGCACGUCCAGGUUAUUUUGCAUAUCAUGGUGAAUGUCUCCCAUGUCCAAAUUCUAUUUGUCCUAAGAUUUGUACACUAAAAGAAAUCGAAUCAAUAAAAGGAGUUGAUUAUUUACGGCGUAAAUCACUUCGUGCAAUGGAAAAUUGUACAUUAUUUGAAGGUGAUAUCAAAUUAUCAAUGCAAUCAUUUAUUGGCGAUCCAUUUUAUAAUUUAUCCCAAGCUGAUGAAGGUGUACAAUGGAAAGAUCUUGUGAUUGGUUUAUCCAAGCUAGAGCAUAUAACAGGUUCACUUUAUAUCAGUGCUGGAUCACAUGCCCCAUGGUUGACUAAUCUGACUUUUCUUUCAAAUGUUAAAAUAAUUAGCGGAGUAAGCCCAAAUAUUCAAAAGACACGAACAAUCAAUAUAAAUCUAAAUCAUCAUCUGGAAUUUUUAGGUAUGACAUCAUUACGUAAACUUGGUCAUCCAAGUUUACUAAUCACUGGAAAUCCUCGCCUAUGCUAUGUCGACACAAUUGACUGGACAAGUCUAAUGACUGAUGAAUUGAUUUCACCACAAGCUAGUUUAUAUGACAAUGGGGAUAGACGAUUAUUAUUAUUUAAAAAAUCUUUAAAAUCCGACGUGACAACUGAUAAUUAUUGGUCAACUCAAAUUUCAUUGCCAAACAGAAAAACACUCAGGAGAAGAAGACCAUUGAAAGAUUCCGCUAUUUUUGUUGGUGGAAAUGCUCAUUUUGAAUUUUGCAGAGGACGUGGUGCUAUGUGUGAUGAAGUUUGUCAGUCAGAUACUGGUUGUUGGGGUCCAGGUAUACAAUUCUGUUUUCAUUGUAAAUAUUGGUCUGUUGAACACGUCGGGGGACAGCUAUGUGUUCAAAAAUGUGAUGAUGUACCUGGAUUUUAUACUCCGUUUGGAAAAGGAAUAGAAAAUGGUACUGAUAUAGUCAAUCAAGAAGAAGUGUUAAAUGUAGAAUCCAACACACUGACUACUUUAGAAUCUACAAGUACUACGAAUAUUUUAUCGAAUGAAAUCACUGAAACUACUGAAAUCAGUAGUAGACCUCAGAAUAUUGAAAAUAAACCGUCAAAUCAUCAUAUUUUACCAUCAAUGCAAUGUCAGAAAUGUUCACCGAUGUGUCAGUUACAAAAGAAUACAUGUUAUGGACCAAAUGAUGAUCAGUGUGUUGGUGGCUGUCAAGAAGUACAGGAUGGUCCAUUCUGUAGAGCUUAUUGUCCGCCUAAUAAAUAUGCAGAUUCUACAAGUAAACAAUGCAUGGAAUGUUCUACAGCAUGUACACCGCCAAUAGAUACAGGAGAAGAUAAUGUAUCGAUAAACGGUAAACAUUUCAACCAGAUAAAUGGUCUUACAAUGCAACAUCAUUGUUCAGGUAGCGGAGAUUGGCCAGGAAUUGGUGGGUGUUAUUUUUGUAAACGAACAGUUUUAAACUUGGAGCCAAAAGAUUCCCAUCAUCAUUUAAAAUGUGUAAAUAGUUGCCCAUUUGGUACUUAUUUACACGUCAUCAAUUUACAUCAUCGAGGUGGAUCAAGUGUCUAUCCACAAUCGACAGUUAAUCUUCACAUGAAGAAAAAAGGCAUAAAUGAAUCGACAGAAACAACCACAACAACACCCACAACAACAAAAACAACUGACUUACUAUUCACACAUUUUCCAUGGAGUCAAACUGAUGCAGGCCUAUUUCAUAAAUUCUCAACAAAAAUUAUUGAAGAAUUAGCUAAUUGGUUAGUUAACCAUACACAACCCAAGUUAUACGGGUUAGCACAAAUCUGUCUCCCGUGUAAUGAACAAUGUUAUAAAGAGAUGAGUAUAUCAAUGAGAAAAUCAAUUCAUCAAAUAGGAUUAUCAUCUGUAGCGUGUUAUGGACCUAGUCCAGAACAAUGUGUACGUUGUGCAAAUGCAAAUUAUCAAGGUCGUUGUGUUUCAGCCUGUCCAAUCGGUACAUUUCCUCAGAAAAGAUUCUUGAGUAAUCUUGACUUCAGUCAACCAAAUUAUCUUCAUACAAAUCGACAGUCUCUUGAUAGUGUUAAGUCAUCAGUAAACUGGUCUGAAUGUCUACCGUGUCAUAAAGAAUGUGAAAAUGGUUGCACUGGGUCAACAGCUAAAGAAUGUACACGUUGUCGACAUGUUAAAGUGUAUCUUGAUUCAGGAAUGAAUUCAUGGUUAUGCAAUCACACUUGCCCUGAAUUCAAUCCAUACAAAAUACAAGAUAUCAGGACAGGGGAUAUUGUCUGUUCAAAUGAUCCUUAUAAGAUUCACAUAGUAGUAGUAGUAUCAGCAUAUAACGAUUCACAAGCUACAAGAGAUUAUCUCACUUCUACUGGGACUAUUCCAAUUCUUGUAGAGCAGUUGACUGAUAACAACAGUGAAGCGAUUUACCUGAUUGGACAAUUCUUACAUAAUCGAUAUUUAUCUACAGAAAUGGCUGGUUUAUUAUCAGCUCUAUCAGCUCUGUUGAUCAUGUUAGCACUAAUCGCUUGUAUUAUAUACUGGACAAUACGUACACGAAUGAAAUAUAUAAAAAUAGAUACAACAGAAAUUGAACAUGACGCAAGUAAAGAUGAAAAAACGUCAGCUACAUGCCUUAUGAGAUGCGAGAAAUUUUGGACUCAAGGUCAACCUCGGCCAACAGUGGUAAAAAAGGCAAAAGAGGAAAGAAGAAGAACAAGAGGAAGAGAUAACCAAUCAGGUAGAAGUAAAUUUUCAUUCAAGGACAAAUUGUUAAAUACUUUGGAAUGGAAUAAUAAUGGAUCACAGAUACGAGGUGGUGGGGGUGGUAUAAAAUCGAUGGAAACCAAAGAGAAAACAAUGGAAGUUUUAAAUGAAGAAAUAUCACCUAUGCUGCUUUCCAAUACCCUAAAGCCAAAUAUGGCCACAUUACGUAUAAUUACUGAGUCGGAAUUGAUUCGUGGUCCAUCCAUUGGUUCUGGUGCAUUUGGUACGGUCUACUGUGGUGUCUGGUGUCCAAAAUUGAGCAAAUCGAAAAUUGAUACAUUGAAUGAUGCAUGUAGUACAGUGACGACAGCGACAACAGCGAAUGGAGCCUCACCGUCAACACCAUCAGCAGCUACAGCAGCAGGGACUCCCUGUUUAUCAACAUCAUUCAGUUAUGAUGUUAAUAAACAAACAAACGAUAUGGAAUCACUUUCAACUUCAACGGAUGAGAAUUAUUUUAAUCUGCAUAUACCAGUGGCUAUUAAAGUACUGUCUGAUUCAGCUGAUCCACAAACGAAUAAAGAAUUAUUAGAGGAAGCAAAGGUAAUGGCAACUGUUGAUCAUCCAUGCUGUGUCCGAUUUCUAGCCUUAUGUUUAACAUCUAAACUACAAUUGAUUACACAAUUUUUACCAAUGGGUAGUCUGUUAGAAUUUGUUAAAACACGCUGGGAUACAAUUGAAGUUAGUUCAUUAUUUCAAUGGUCAGAACAAAUUGCCUCUGGUAUGGCAUAUUUAUCAAGUCGUGGUAUAAUACAUCGUGAUCUAGCUGCAAGGAAUGUAUUGGUUCAGUCAAAAGAUCAAGUUCAAAUAACUGAUUUUGGAUUAGCUAAAUGUUUGGAUACAAAUAAUAGUGAAUAUCAUGCAAGUGGUGGACGUAUGCCUAUCAAAUGGUUAGCUAUUGAAUGUAUUCAUGACAGAAUCUUUUCGAGUAAAUCUGAUGUAUGGGCUUAUGGUGUAACUUUAUGGGAGAUGUGUACAUUUGGACAAAGACCAUAUGAAAAUAUACCAGCAAGAGAUCUGCUCAGCUUUUUAGAGAAAGGCAAUCGUUUACCUCAACCAGAAACAACAAGUUUAGAUUUUUAUUGUUUAAUGCUUCAAUGUUGGCAUACUGAUCCAAACUACAGGCCUACAUUCAAAGAAUUAUGUUUAGUUCUGUGUGAAAUGAAGGCAACACCAAGUCGUUAUUUAUUUAUCAUGCCUGAACUUCGUCUGUAUAACUCCAACAGCAGUCAACAGACAUCAACAUCACAAAGCGCAUUUGAAUUUUUAAGUAGUCGUCUUAGCGAUAUAGUUAUUCCAUCAUCGCCGUUACCAUCACAACCACUACCUACGCAAUCAAUAUUGCCCACCAAUCCAACCAAUCAUCAAACUGAUCUCAGUCAUGAAUUAACCAAUCACGAUGAAUAUACCAAUUAUACUGAUUAUAAUGAAUAUACACAACUGCAUUAUGAUUGGAUAAAAAAUUUAUACAUAAAUAGUAGAGCAAAUUUAUUUCCUGACUGUUUUAGUACCUUAUUAGAUAAUUAUAAUAAUUAUUUAAUUGGAACAAAUAUCAGUAAUUCUGAUCACAAUAAAUACAAUAAUUUUAAUACUAAAUAUCAGAAUAAUUAUAUAAAAUUUCAAAAUAAAGUAUUUGAAUUACCGCGACAAAAUCAAGUGUUCAAUGAUCAAGGCAUUAAAAAGUGUAGGCGUGCUGCUGCUGCUGAUGAUGAUGAUGGAAACACUGACAGUGUUCGUUGCUUAAUUAAUAAUGACGAAAAUACAAGUGUACACGCAUCACCUAGGCAACAAGAAUAUACGAAUAUAGAAAAGGCGGAUAAUAAAGACUUAGAAUAUUUAGAAAUUGGACUACAACAACAACAACAACGAGAAUCGACCGAGGACAAUUUGUUACCAUUAUUAAAAAAUGAUCAGUGUGGCAUUUUUACUUUCAAUACAUAAAAUUAAGGUCAGCUUGGAACAUCACAAAAUGAAGUCAACAGACACGUCAAAAAGUUAUAAAAAUAUUAUGAAAUAUUCAUUUUGAUUCAGUCAAACAAAUAUUUAGAGUUGGUGGUGUUGGUGGUGGUGCGGGGGUGGAAAUAAUAGAUGUUAAAUAGUAAUAAUAACAAUAAUAAUAGUGAUGACGUCAUCUGAAAAAAAAAAUAGCCCUACUACUGUUAACAUUAUUGAAAAGGGUAUGCAUUUCUCACAAACACACAAAUUACACACACACACAUGCACAUGCACACACAGUUUAAAUGUUACACAUAUUUGUAUUACUCACAUUGAGGGGUUGGGGUAGAAGGCGCGCUAAACAGUGAGUUCUUCAUUUUCUACAUUCUGUUACAUAACUUCUGUGUUGUUUCUGUUCUGAAAAGAGAAGCAAAAAUAUGUUCACUGUACUACUUUUUAUUACUAUUCCAUUUUGAAUAAAGAUAUUUUGUUAUGAAUAAUAUACAUUCACAUAUAUGUUAUAUAAAAAAUAAAAUAAAAUUUG